GUCAGGACAUCAGAAACAGGUUGAGGUACGACGGUGACAACUGUGCUGUGUUCUGAAGUAAAAACAGGGCUUCCAAUGGCAGUGCUUCUCUUCUUUUUUACGAUCUUCCUUUGUGUAGUGACCAUAAAUGAGGCAUGCUGGUGCACUCAAGCUCACCCGCAGUCAAGAUUUUGCAGCGCAGAUUUUGCCAUUCGCGCUAAGGUUUUGAACGAGUCUUGGGACAACAGCAGCAGAAUUUAUACCCUCAAGGUCUUCAAAGCCUUCAAGGGGGGCAAGAAAAUUGAACGCGUUGCCGAGAUGCAAAGUGAUACGGGAAAACGCAGGAAAAACGUUGUCCAAGUCACAACAGAGCUCGACUCAGCCGCUUGUGGCGUACGCCUUCAGAUUUCUAAAAUCUACAUCCUGCUCGGCUACGUAGAGAACCAACACCGAAGACCAUACAAAGGAAAGAAAAAGUUGACGAUAGAAUCGUGCCAGUGGCACUCGUUAUGGAACGACACCACUGCUCAACAACGUCGCGGGCUCAAGAGGAUUUAUGGAAAAUACUGCCUGUGUAAUAUUGACAAGUACUGCUUCAAAGAAAGACCAGAGCUCUGCAAAGAUUUGAUUCAAGGAUGCCACUUACAAGGAAGUGAUGAUCGCAUGAAGAAUUGCAGAGCAAAGCAUUCUUACUGCGUGAAAGGCCGCAAAAAAUGUAGAUGGAUCGCGCCUCAAAAGGCCGAUUUAAAAAAAUGCAUGAGUGCUUGAAAAUUUCAUUUAAAAAAAAAAAAAGUGGUCAUCAUUUAGUUCUUUAAGUUGUAAACACACAGAGAGCGACGAAUAGAUCAUGUAUUGGAUCUAAAUUAGAACUAAGCUUUUGUAAAUAGUCUAUAAGUCAGGCUUAUUGUUACGGUUAUUAACCAAAUAGGAACAGACUCGACAAGAAAUUGUUGCUUUACAGUAUUAAGACAAACCACUUCUAGGAGGGGAUUUCAAUCGCUGCAAUAAAACUGUACUCAGUUUGAAAGUUUAUGCUAUUGUUUUAACUUAUUAAAAUAACGAAGAACUUUUGAUGCACAACUACCAAACCACUCCAUGUCGCCGAGAUAAAUUUCUUGUAAAGCCGUAACAUUUGAUACUAAAAACUACUUUAUCCCACCAUGAACAAAUUUAAGAAGUAUCACUCACCAUUUCCUUGUAGUUUGGAUAGUACGCUUGCUCGACUAAUGGGAAUUCAUCCUUUCCCAGUCUCUUCUGAAGCUGAAUUAGUUGAGCGAACUGGUGACGAGAGUAGAGAAAAAAAGACUUAAUG